AUGCAAAAGAAAAACCAAUUUUCAGCCAAAUCAGGAAAACCAUCAUACAAUCCUCCUGCUCAACGACGGAACGAAAUUGCUGAUCCUGCUUUAGAUCUGAGCAACGGCGUUGUCUCUCUUGCAACACAACUAAAUGAUCGUAUUCCACCUGUUCAUCAACGAUACGGAGUUGUUGCUCCUGCUGAAGACAAUCAUGUUGAUGUUCUUCAACCGGAGAACCGGGACAAUGCUCAUGCUCAGCAACAAAACGGAAUCAAUCCUCCUGAUCCAAUGCAAAAUGGAAAUGUUGUUUUUGACUCUCACUGUCAAAUCAUGGAUUUGAUUUCUUGA